AUGCGUCAACUCCUCUGUUUUUAUUACCUGCAGGUCAACCCAGGUUUCCACAACUGGAACUUUGUCAUUUUCAAAUACUGCGAUGGUGCUGCUUUCGCUGGUAGCCGCGGCGCCGUGCAAUCGCGUAACGCCAACAGCAACAAGCCACCAGUCUACAUGGAAGGGCGGUGGAACCUUAUAGGGAUAGUGGAGGAGCUUUUAGCGAAGCAAAGGCUGGGACAGGCUACAGACGUGCUGCUGACCGGCUGUAGCGCGGGGGGGCAAGGGGUCAGCAUGGUGUGUGAUGGUGUUGCCAAAUGGAUGGCUCAGUACGGAGCCAAAACCCGGUGUCUCAUGGACGCUGGAUUCUUCAUGGACAUCCCCACCGUACGUGGCGGGUACGCGUUUCGCCGUCGGAUGAGCCAGCUGGCGUCGACGGCAAAUCUCGCGCAAUCCAGCUACGACGUGGGCUGCGCUGCUGCUUUCAGAGGAACAAAGCAGUCAUGGAAGUGUACCUUCCCCGAGUACAACCUGCAUUUUGUCAGCACUCCUACAUUCAUCCUCAAUAGCAACAUCGACUACAAGGCUAUAGCGAUGACUCUUGUCGGGACAAUUUCGCCCCAGUGGCCUGGUAAGAACCUGCCUUGGGCUAUUAGCGAGUGGUACUAUGGUGCAGCUGUUGCUGCGCGCCUGCACAGGCGUAGAUAG